AUGUACCACAUAGCAAAAUGCGUCAUUAUUGUGUUUUCAAUUCUAAGUCGCGUUGCACUUUCGAUAGGAUCAAGGAGCAGUAAACUUUUAUACUCGGAGCAAGAAAUAGUUGAUGAAUUGGUUAAGAAAUGGUCACCGCUUGUGUGGCUUGCACCGAACGAGAAAUUUCUUCCAGGCAAUGUCAAGACAUUUUUGUCAAAUGUUCAUGCGGAACGAGAAAAGCUGAGCUCACAAAAAAUUAAAGAUAUUGGAGAUAAUUUAAGUAAAUAUAGUCAUUAUUAUGAAGAUCUUGUGUAUUAUGAAGGAACCGAUGCAAAAUCCAACUCGGCUGUCCUGAAUAAUCGAAAGCGAAGAAAUUUCGAUAAAGAUACAUCACUAGAAUAUAUUUUUGAACUGCCAAUUGAUGAUGCUUCUGAAAAUUGGUUCUUAGUUACAAACGAGGAAAUAGAUAAUUUAAUGCAAAAUAAAUCGUCGUUUAUUUAUGGAGAAAAUCCGACUUCGGUUCCAAUUUAUGCAGUAGUUAGUAUGUGUUCGUCUGAUAAAGACUUUAACUUCAAAAAUGAAAUAGAUAAUGGAAAUAAAUGGAAGAAAAAUCCAUACAUUCCUCUCUCAAAGACCCCUGAUAUUGUUGAAUAUAAUUCACAUCAUAUGUUGCCAAAUAAACCAUCCGUUGAAGAUUUUCGACCAUUAGACGAAAUAGAUAAGACAUCAUUGAAUGAAAUUGAUACUGACAAAUUUUCAGUCCAACAAUACCUAAGACGAAAGAGAUCCGAAGAUAUCAACAAUGUAAAUGAAUCAAAAAUUGAUAAUGAUGGCAAUGUUAAUAAUUCAAGUGAAAAUUCAUGGAAAGCAAUUCCGAGCGUUGUUAUUUAUACAAAAGAUGAACAAAUAGUGAUUCCAACAUCAUCACAAAAAGAAGAUUCACAAACAAUGACAGCUAAUCCAAGUUUACCACAUUUUCAAGUUUCAUAUUGGAUGUUUUAUCCAUUUAGUCAAGGUAAAACUAUUUGCACUCUCAAUUUGGGUCCUCUUGGUCCGAUUCCAAUUCCAUUAAUAUGGAACGUUUGUUUGGGAACAAGAAAAGAAUUUGGAUCACAUGUUGGCGAUUGGGAGCAUGUCAGCAUAGUGUUUCGUGGAAAAAUGGAACCAGAUGAGAUGUAUGUGUCAGCACACGAUGCAGGAGCUUAUUACACUUAUGAUAAGCUUACUGGCACAUUUGAGUAUAAAAGUCAAGAAACGCGAAAAGGAAUUUUACAGCAUCCCGUAUUUCCAAAAACAGUUAUUACUUCGGAUAAUCAUCCAGUAUUAUUUGCGGCUGAAGGAAGUCAUGGGUUGUGGGCUAGUCCAGGGAAACAUAGGUUUGUUCGUGUCCCUAGACUUUACGACAUAAAUGGUUUUGGGCAACCCUGGCAAACGUGGAAUAAUGUUGAAGUGAUUUACAAUGAUGCAAAAACAAAACGAUCACUCAAUCCAAAUUGGAUGAAAUAUCGAGGUAAAUGGGGCAAUCCGAAGAGUAAAUGUCAUCCAUUAAAAAGAAUAGGAUUACAUGUUUGCGAGCAGACCGAUGGUCCAACUGGUGUCCCGAAAAAAGAAUCACACUGGACAUGUUCUGCUAAUUAA